UCCCCCGGCCAAGCCAGGCGCGCGUUCUGUGAUUGGCUGGGAGCCGUUUUGUCCCUUCUCGGCCGCCGUUGCAUUGCCGGAAGUUGCUGCGCCUGUGCGUGGGGGAUUGUGGUUGUGGGCGUCCGCGUGAGGCGGCCGUGGCGGAGCGUUGUUCAAGUCUUCAGCGGCAUCAAAAAUGGCAUCCCAAGAGGAAAUACUGCGUGAUGAACGGUUUAGCCGUGUUACUCGGGAUCCCAGAUUCUGGGAAAUACCGGAAGAAGAUUAUAAAGUGAAGAUUGAUAAACGAUUCCGAGCUAUGUUUCAUGAUGAGAAAUUCAAGCUGAAAUAUACUGUGGAUAAAAGAGGUCGCCCUGUUAACUUUAGCUCUGUAGAGAACCUCAGAAACUUUUAUGCCCUGUCAGAUUCUGACUCUGAUCUUUCGGAAAACGAUAGUGAAAUACAUACUGAAAAGAAAACAAAGAAAAAGAAAGCUAAGCCUAAAGGAAAAAUAGAUUCUGCAAAGCCUAUUGCUGAUGGUCUCCCUAUGGAGAAAAAAAUAAACAAACAAGGGAUGGAUCAAACAUGUAAAGCUGUGUCUAAAUUAGAUGACCAUCAGAAUGAUGGACAGAAAAUUGUAUCUAAAUCCAAGUUAAAAGAAGACUGUGAGAAAACGACAACAGAAGUUGAUCACUCAAAGGGAAAAAAGGGCCUCAGACACAAAGGAGAAAGUAAAAAAGCAGAUACAUCAAGAGGAAGAUCACAUUCAGUUCAAAAUGAACAAAAGACACCACAGCCAAGUGGUACUAAAUCAGUGACGGCUUCUGGGAUGGAACAUUCCCUAGGAGGAAAAGUAGAAGAGUCAGCAACUCUGUGCACAGCCACCUGUGAUCAAAGUGACAUCAAUAAAAAUCAACUAGAGGAAGAAAUUUCUGAAAGUGAAAACUACUUUGAGUAUGCAGAAUCUGAAGAAGAGUCAGAAGACGACGAGGAAACAGAUGAGGAGGAUAGUGAUUCAGAAGAUGAAGAAAGCGAUAUUGGGCCUGAUCUAGCUAGGGGCAGAGGGAAUAUUGAAACGAGCUCUGAUGACGAUGAGGAUUUCAGUGACCUAUUUCCAAAGGAGCCAGAGAUUGAGCAUUCAUGGGGUGAGCUAGAUAAAGAUGCCCCUCGUGGAAAUGAGAUUACAAGUAGAUUGGCAGUUUGUAACAUGGAUUGGGACAGGCUGAAGGCUAAGGACUUGCUGGCUCUAUUUAAUUCUUUCACACCCAAAGGGGGUGUUAUAUUUUCUGUUAAGAUUUAUCCUUCAGAGUUUGGAAAAGAAAGAUUGAAAGAGGAAGAGCUCCAAGGACCUGCAGAGCUAUUCGAUCUUCCAGAGAAUACCACAGAGAAAGACGGGCUUUAUAAGGAAAAACUGAGAGAAUAUCAAUUUAAGCGACUGAAAUACUUCUAUGCAGUGGUAGAAUGUGAUUCUCCUGAAACAGCCAAUAAAAUUUAUGAGGAAUGUGAUGGAUUGGAAUUUGAAAGUAGCUGUUCUUUUAUAGACCUAAGAUUUAUUCCAGAUAAUGUUACAUUUGAUGAUAAGCCAAAAGAUGUAGCCUCAGAAGUGAAUGUAGCUGCAUAUAAGCCAAAGUACUUUACAUCUGCUGGUAUGGUAACAUCAAAGAUAGAUAUCACAUGGGAUGAAACAGAUCAUGAAAGAGUAACAUCACUUAGCAGAACUUUUAACAAAGAAGAACUUCUUGACAUGGAUUUUCAAGCUUACUUGGCUUCAUCCAGUGAAGAGGAGGAAGAACAGGAGCAAGGUGGUGAUGUAGCUCAUGAAAUGGAAGAUGACAAACCCAAGAAAAGCCAAAAAGAUGAUGAAGAGCAAAUUGCCAAGUACAGAGAACUUUUACAAAGUAUCCAAGAAAAGGAGAAAAAACAGGAAGAUGAUGAUAUAGAAAUGGAGGUUAAAUGGGUUCCAGGCCUCAAAGAAACCGCUGAAGAAAUGGUCAAAAACCGUUUGGAAGGAAAGGACAAACUAACUCCAUGGCAAAAAUACUUAGAGAAAAAGAAAGAAAAACGAAAUCUUAAAAAAAAAAGAAAGGCUACUGCUGAGAGAGAAUUGAGUGGAGAUGAACUUCCAUCUGAUGUUGAUCUCAGUGACCCAUACUUUGCUGAAGAGCUUGGGAAAACAGGUUUAAGGAAGAAGGCAAAAUUGGUUGAAAGUGCUCCAGAGAAUGAAACUGAAAUCGAAAACCAGAAGGCUGAAAUGGCCCUACUUAUGAUGGACGAUGAGGAUGAUGUCAGGAAACAUUUUAACUAUAAAAAGAUUGUCGAACAACAGAAUUUGAGCAAGAAGAAAAAGAAACUCUUAAUGAAAAAGAAGGAAUUAUUAGAAGAUGACUUCCAGGUAAAUGUUGCUGAUACAAGAUUCCAAGCCAUGUUUACUUCCCCGCUAUUUAAUUUGGAUCCUUCGGAUCCAAAUUUCAAGAAGACAAAAGCAGUAGAAAAGAUCUUGGAAGAGAAGGCUCGCCGAAGAGAACAAAAGCAGCAAGAUCUUAAGGAGGCAAGCAAAGGACAUGAGAACAAGAUGGCAAAGAAGGGAGAGGUGGAGGUGGCAAAGAUGGAGAAAAAGGAGAAGAAAUCCAUAGAUCCUGCCUUAUCCAUGCUAAUAAAAUCUGUCAAAAACAAAACUGAACAAUUUCAGGCAAGGAAAAAGCAAAAAGUCAAAUAACUGAACUUUUAUUUUUACUCGGACUUUACUUUAGUCUGUGCUCUUAAAACUGGCAACAUCUAUUAAAAUUGUUACAGUAUGCUCUGAUUCCUACAAACCAAAAUUUUCCUGAGAAGUCACUUAAUUCUUGUGGUGAGUUUUGAAGUAACUAGAGCCAUGAUGACUCUUUCCUUGUGCCCCAACAAAUACCUUUUUUUUUAUUAUUAUUAUUGAAAAACUACUCCUGGAACUCAUAAGUAUAAAACUGAUGCUUUUGGAGCUGUUUAUUUUAUAUCAUGCUAUCACUCAAAGAUACUGGAAGUGCUGAAGAUGGCUACAAAAAAUCAUAAUAAUUAUGGUUGUAUUUAUAAUUUAUAAUAUUACUGCAGAGGUUUAGAGUUUGGACUAAUUGUUAGAGAAAAUCCGUCUUAAAAUAUUUUUAAUUCUGCAGGAGUCUGUAAACAUAUCUCUGAUAAAGAAGGUAGUAAUACAACUAAAAAUAAAAAUUGAAGAAAUUUUUAUACAAGUUUUUACAUCUUUUUAAAUGAUUGCAUAUACCCCAUUUCAUUGAUUUUUUUUUUUUUUUCCUUUAAAUAAAUGAAGAGUUCUGGAUCAUGGUAGAACUAGUUAACAGAAAAGAUACAGCUUAGAAGAGUUUCAUUAAUAGAUACUGGAAAUAAAUGGUUAAAAUCUGCCUGAAGUAAUUUGAGGCACUUACCUGUAUUAUUUUCUUCUGAACAUAAAUAAAACUAUGCCUGUGUUAA